CGUUAGCAAGCUAGCAUUUCAUAGCAAACGAACGCAAUACGAGUGUGCUCUGCUUGAGACGAGCUAGUUUGCCAAAUAGCUAGCUGACUAGCUUAGCUGACUAAUUUAGCUAGCUAACCAUCAAAUUCGUAAUUACAUAUAUGCACCGAAAAAUAUCUGUUAAAGUAUUUUAAACCACGAUUCAAAAAUGUCACAGCUACAAGCGAGAUUCUUCACAGAAAACAAAAAAUAUUCGAUAGACGAUGUCCCCUUUUCCAUCCCGGCCGCGUCUGAGGUGGACGAUCUCAGCAAUGUCAUCAACAAAUUGCUGGAAGCAAAAAAUGGGGCUCACCGUGCUGUGGAUUUCGACUUUCUGGUCCGGGGACAGUUUCUGCGUACCUCACUGGUCAACCACAUGGACACGGAGGGGAUUUCAACAGAAGAGGUGGUGGAGAUCGAGUACGUGGAGAGGUUCACCGCGCCGCAGCCGGAGGAGUGCAUGAUGCACGACGACUGGAUCAGCUCGGUGGACGCAGACGCGGAGUGGAUCUUGACGGGCUCCUACGAUAAGACGGCACGGAUCUGGUCUCUCCAGGGAAAGGCUCUGAUGAGCGUGGCAGGGCACACGGACGUGGUUAAAGACGUGGCCUGGGUCAAGAGAGAUGGGCUGACCUCGCUGCUGCUCACGGCUUCAGUGGACCAGACGGCGCUGCUGUGGGAGUGGGACUCUGAAAAGAACACCAUCAGGGCUCGGCACUGUUGCCGUGGACACGCGGGGAGCGUGGACACCGUUGCUGUGGAUCCCACCCAGACCAAGUUCUGCAGUGGCUCAUGGGAUACGAUGCUUAAAAUCUGGUCUGCAGUUCCCACCGACGAAGAGGACGAGGUGGAGGAGCAGCCGAACAGACCGAGGAAGAAGCAGAAAACCGAACAGAUGGGCCUAACCCGAACGCCCCUCAUGACCCUGUCCGGACACAACGAGGCCGUUUCCUCCGUGCUGUGGACCGACAACGAGGAAGUGUGCAGUGCAUCGUGGGAUCACACCAUGAGGCUGUGGGACGCAGAGACGGGGAGCGUGAAAUCCACCCUGACGGGGAGCAAGGUGUUCAACUGCGUGUCGUACUCUCGGCUGUGUCGGCGCCUGGCUACGGGCAGCACCGAUCGGCACGUCAGACUCUGGGACCCGCGGUCCAAAGACGGCUCGCUGGUCCUGCUGUCGCUGACGUCCCACACGGGCUGGGUGACGGCGGUCCACUGGUCCCCCUCUAACGAGCAGCAGCUGGUCUCUGGGUCCCUGGACUGCGUGGUCAAGCUGUGGGACACAAGGAGCUGCAAGGCUCCCCUGUAUGACCUGGCUGCCCACGAGGACAAGGUGCUGUGUGUGGACUGGACGGACAACCAGCUGCUGUUGAGCGGAGGGGCGGACAACAAGCUGUACACCUACAGGUACUCUGCCAACGCGUCUGACGCCGGAGCCUAGGCCCGCCAACGCCACUCCCGCCACCAGGAACGAGAUCGCCACGGCAACACGACAAUCGCAACAAGGGCAGGGUUACAGCCUUAAACCUGCAGACAGGACCUCUGGGAUGAUUUUGACAGAUGGCAAACGUUUGUUUGUUUUGCGGUUUGAAAUAGUUUUUAAAAUUCAUUUUAAACACUUGGAAUGCAGUGUUUUUUUUUCUUUUCCUGUGACGAUAAGUCCAGGUUCAUCUGUAAUCCCCCCUGUGUAUUGUCUUGGCUGGUAAAAAUGUUGGAAAAACUGUGGAAUGAAAGGCUUCAUUGUAAAAGGUAAAUACCGAUUCGCUGAGUUAUUGUGGGAUUGUUUAAAAAGACCUCCCUACAUUCUGUCAAAUACUUUUGUACUGUUGUCAAUUUCUUGUCAUCCUUAUUUUUUUUAAAGAUGUGUCGUUCAUAAGAGUAGAUUUGUGAUUUGUAAACAGAACGGAGUUGUGAACCUAUGUUGUACAUGUAAGAAAGAACGGGAUUUGGUUGGGGAAUUAAGCUGUUUAAUUGCUUGGAUGGCUUGAAUCUGCUUGUGAUUCAGUUACAGCAGUCUUAAGGUCCAAAUAUGCCAUGGAUUGAUCUACUGAAGCUUACUUCAGCUGCUUACAUGUCUGCCCUUGUUCUUAGUUUCUGUUGCAUUUCAUGUAAAUGAACUUCAGGCCUUCUUGUCAGGAAGCAUUUAUUGUUUCAUAUUUUCAUGCAGCCUGUCAUUUCAUGGUUUUAAAAAUGAUGAUGCUGCUUAGGGCCAUAAUAUCCUUAAAACAUCACUCGCAAACUGAAUUAUGAAAUGGCAUAUGCAAUACAAUGUUAGAUGUUUAUCAUGUGAAGCCAUUCUCGAAGGCCAGUCCCAUCUCUUUAUGUUUUUAUUGAGACUAGUUGAGGACUAGAUUGUUUCUUGCUGAUUUCAGUGUCAUUUCUCUGAAUUUCACUAAGAGCUUGGGGUAACAGAGUGUAAUGGAAAUAGUCUAAUGUUGCAUCUCUUAUUCCUAAGUUUUUUGCAUCAGACCUUGGACAAAAACAAUGUUUUUUCACAUAUGCGUGUGAAGAUAAUUCAUUAAAAUAUGUUUACAGCA